GUAACACUUAAGAUGUUUAAGUCAUACGUGUGCGCUCGAAAAUAAUAAUACAUUACUGACUAAUAAACAAACAAUGUACUGGUAGACACUAUUAGUUUUUGACAGUGUUUAAAUUUUAUAUAACAAUGGAAACAAUUAUCCUACUUUUCGUUUUCAUAAUACCAUCAAAUUCAGUUUUGGUUAACUGGACACAGACUAGUUGGGACAGUGCCGACAAGUUUUGUUCCGAUAUCGGCAGGCAUUUGUACACCAUACAAAAUCUGGAUGAUUUGAAUAGUGUUACUCUGAAAAUAAAUAUAUCUGGUGAUGCAACCUUUUGGAUUGGAGGAAAAGAAAGAAGAAAAUACUUUUUAUGGAAUAAUGAUAAGAAAAAACUGGUAGAUGAACCGAUAGGAUGCUUCCAAUCUGAGUUAAAGAAUUCGCAAAGAUUUCUAGAAAACCAACCAACACUUUGCAUUAGUUUUUGUAAGCACCAUCUACAAAGUGCUUUCGCCGGAUUAUCAGGAAAGAAGUGCCUUUGUUAUCAUAAUCUUCAUUAUGUUAAGCAAGAUGUGGACAUAAAAUGCAACUUUUCAUGUCCUGGAGACACGAAUUAUCAAUGCGGAGGACCAAACAUGACAACAGUAUACAGAACAGAAGAUAGUAUAAAAUGGAAGAUGUAUGAGCCACAUACCGCCAGUGAAAGAGAAGACUGUGUUUCGGUAACUCAAGAUAACGAAAAACAACUUUUAUGGCACCAAGAUCGAUGCAGAUUUGAACACAAAUACAUAUGCAGAAUAUUUGAUAAAACCAUAUGUAAAUUCCGAGACAGCCUGACAUUGCCAUGCUACUACAUGUCUCCAGAACAAACAACAUGGUUUGAAGCAGUAAGGAAGUGUACAGGUAUGGGCGGUCAUUUAGCUGGGAAAGAUUUAAUUCGUGAAGAUAAUGUGACCUUAAGUGGGUCUUCAUUUUGGACUUCCUUGACCAGGAUACGACAAAAAUGGAUUGAUGGGAAGAGAGUAAAUGAUGUGUUACCAAGGCAUGAAGAAAGUGAUCCAAGAAGAACGGGAUGUUUAUCUCUUGAACAUAGACAUGAUGAAUGGUCCAUUCGUGCCAAACCAUGUGGGGAAGAUCAUCCGUUUCUAUGUAGUUCAGCUGUACAUUCACCGCAGGAUAUUGUUUCCUUAACUCAUGAAAAAGUAAUGCAGCAAAUAUUUGAUUUUGAUUUAUUUAUCGGGAUUGUUGCAUCGAUUAUUGGAGUCUGUGUUGUAGUCACUACUUUGUGUUGCUGUAAAUACAUUCGGAGAUCUAAAAGGCAAGUACAACCCGUCGAACCAGAGCAUUUCUAUUUUAUACUAGAAAAGGAAAGUGUGUAUAAUACCAUUAGCUUGAAUACAUGCGCACAGGGAAAUUUGACAACGAACAAGAACGAUAACUACUAUGACUGUCUGGCUUUUAAGGGAUCAGUGCAGCAUUCUGAACGAGAAAAGUUUGUUUCCGGAAUGUCCGACAUUGACUAUCAGGUAUAUAGUAGGACUUCUGACAUCACCACUGAUUAUGACGUACUACAGUUCGGUCCAUUGACAAGAACCAGAUGUCUGUCAGGUGACAAUUACUUCACAGUACCUUUAAAGUGUGAUACACAACACAACUAUCAAGAAACCAAUAAUGAUAAUAAGUAAUAUUCGUUAUUUAAAACUAAAUGCAUUAUUAGUAGUAACUUCGUUGGUUGUAACUCUAAAUUAAUAAAUUAUUCAUUAUUUAUA